AUUAAUCAAAAGUAUAAUUAAACAACAUGGCGUACGAUAACACAAAAAACAUGCAACCGACAAGUGAAAUUUUUAAUUAUUAUUUAACAAUGAACAUUAAUAAUAUUUGCAGGAUAUGUUUGGAAAAGGGCCAAAAAUUAAUGCCCAUAUUCGACCAAAUCAAACCACCUCAUUUUUCUAUAUUAAUUAUGGCUUGCGCUUCCAUACAGAUAGUCGAAGGUGACGGCCUUCCACCUUACAUAUGCCAAAGAUGCAUUUCUCGUCUUCAUACUGCAUUCCAGUUCAAAAUGCAAUGUGAAACAUCGGACGCUAAACUUCGACAAUGUUUCGAAAAUUUACAUCACAUGCCUAACACACCUGAUUUAACGGGUUUUAUUGAUAUUAAACGAGACAUAAUUGGAUAUGAACAAAAUUCUUCAUCAAGUAAUGACAAUAACAUCACUUCGGAAAGUAAUAAUGUGAACGAACGUGAUCCAUUGGCUUUGGAAGAAGAAAAUAUUGGAAACAAUGAAGAAAAUUGCGAAGGUGGACAAUUACAAAUCUUGCAAAACGUUCAAUUAGAUCCUGGAACAUCACUACAGGAUAUAUCAAAAACAGAAUUAUCGGACUUGAAACUUGAAUUAAACGACUUAAAACCGGUCGAUAUCGAUUUAAAAGAUAUGUCAACAUCGAUAUCAUUAACAAAUUCUCAAAAAUCGGAAAAUGGAUCUGAAAAACAACAUCAAUGUGAUACAUGCGGAAAAGUAUUAAGAACCAAACCAGGAUUAAUUAAUCAUAUUCGAAUUCAUACAGGGGAACGGCCGUACGUUUGCCAUUUAUGUGAUAAAAGGUUUAUUAAUGGAGGUCAUCUUCAUACACAUAUGAGAACGCAUACAGGAGAAAAAAAUCAUGUUUGUGCAGCUUGUAAUAAAGCGUUUGCUACGGCUCAGCAAUUAACGAAACAUACAAUUGCAAUUCAUACGUCAGAAAGACCGUAUGGUUGUAGUUAUUGUCCAAAACGAUUCGCUAGUUCGAGCAAUUUAUCAACACACACAAAAAUACACACAGGGGAGAAGAAUUACCAUUGUGAAUUAUGUGGAAAAACAUUUUCAACAAAAGGACAGUUGUUUCAACAUAUGUUGGUCCAUACAGGAGAAAAAGCGUUUGUAUGCGAAUUUUGUAAUAAAAGAUUUUCGCAAAAAGCGCAUUUAAUAAGACAUAUCAAGUUACAUAAAUAAUGAACAAUUUGAUUGUAAGAUUGGGAUUUUCAUAAAAUCUUUAUAACGAAGAAGCGGAAAGUAAAUUUGUUUAUAUUAAACGUUGACUAAAAGAACAUGCUGAUAUACAGGGUGAAUUCAGAUUUUAUCUCAAUAUAUUUCCUCAUUUCUCUGGAUACACUAUGUAUAUAUAGCAAAAAUAGGCUAAGAAUAAUUUAUUUUUAUCUCAUUAUUAUAAACUAAGGAAUUUAAUAAUUGUAAUAAA